AUGUGGUGGGAAGAUUUCGACAGAAAUGUUCCUACACCAGCAAUAUUGAAGCCAGAAUCAUUGUGGACUGGGAAACAAGUUUUCAAUCUUAUUAUUCCCAAGCAAAUAAAUUUAACUAGGUAUUCUAGCUGGCAUAAUGAUAACGAAGGGGAUACUAUGGUCAGAAUUGAAAAAGGGGAACUACUUACCGGAACUCUUUGCAAAAACACACUUGGAGAAUCUACUGGAAGUCUCGUUCAUGUCAUUUGCUUUCGCCUCUUUCCUUGCGACAUUGCUUGGUUAUUGUUUCCUCCUGGCUGUGGAAGGGCGAUUCCAGAUUCUGCUCUUCUUUUCAACUUUCUCUCGAGGCUUUCUGCUUUUUUCAGAGAUGAUUAA